AAGUUUUCAAAUAGCUGCAUCCAAGUACAAAAAAAUCUUGAUCAGCAGUACUCCAAUUGGUAACCAAACGAGUGACAAAGCAACAUCAUCAGAGUGAGUCACAUCUCUCACAGCCAGUCAGCGAUGGAUCGUGCUCAGCUUCUGUUGGUAGGUUUACCUCUCUUCCUCCUCUGUUCCGACCUCUUUUCCCUUUUCACAUCAUCUCCUCCACCACCAAAGCCAUCUCACACCCACCACCACAACCACCACCACCAACAACCAGUUGUUGACCGUAUAGCUAUACCGUUCCCCUCAGAUUCCGAGAAACUAGCCAACAAUAUUGGAGGUGUAGGUUUUGGCAACACUGUCAACAUCAAUUUCUGUUCUUCUUGCUCCUACAAGGGAACAGCGGUAACACUAAAGAAUAUGUUGGAGAUUUCCUUUCCAGGAAUUGAGGUUUUUCUUGCAAAUUAUCCACCGCCACUUCCAAAACGUCUGCUAAGCAAAGUGGUUCCAGUUGUUCAAAUUGGUGUUAUAGGUGUUGUAGUUGCAGGGGAACAGAUUUUUCCAAUGUUGGGUUUUGUUGCACCUCCUCCUUGGUAUUAUAGCUUGCGUGGUAAUAGGUUUGGAACCAUUGCCACUACAUGGCUUCUUGGGAAUGCCUUGCAGUCAUUCUUACAGAGCUCCGGAGCAUUUGAAGUUUACUUCAAUGGUGAUCUGGUAUUCUCUAAACUGAAGGAGGGAAGGUUUCCGGGAGAGAUAGAGUUAAAGGAUCUGAUCACCAAAAGGAUGGCAAAUUCUAGACUUGUCAGCAGUGCUUCAGAAUUGGGGCUUUAGCUCAUUUGUCGAAUUGCCUCUCAUGAAGACUUCUAAUAUGAAUACACAAAGAUGAUUUAAAUGGACCUAACAUUGCAUUGUGAAGCAGAGAAGCUGGUACACAGAUAUAAUAGGAAUGUAAUGUUGCAAGGUUUCCAUACUGGAAAAUUAACUGUGUAUUAUAGAAUAGCUUACACCGUCAUUUUACUAUUUUCGACAUUCUAUUCUA